AUGUGCAUGUCACCUAAGUACUGUACUAGCGAUGUUCAGUGCAGAGUAUUUGAACAUUGUUUCCUUAAUAAAUGUGUAAGGGACACAAGAGCUUGUCCCGGUUCUACUUGUCCAGCAGGAAUGGUUUGCGUUAAUGGACAAUGUCUUCCGGACCCUCUAAUAGCAACACCAAGACCAGGUGCUGGAGAUUUUUCUUACUUCAAUCCUUCUUCAUUUAUCUAUCAUAUGAGCCUUCAGGGUCGUAGUUCAUACAAUUUCUUCACAGCUAGCGCAGAAUGCCGUAGGCUUGGUGGGACAGUUACAUCGAUCGGUUCAAUGGCAGAAAUGACUUAUGUAAAUGGCCUGGUCGGCGCUGCUGCAUAUUGGAUUGGAUAUCAUCGUACAGGCUUCUCUUCGAAUUGGGAAGAUGGAUCGCCUGUAGUCUUUACGAAUUAUAGACGAGGGCAGCCAGAUGGAUGUUGUGGUGGUGCCGGAUGUACGCUAGUUAAUUACAGAGGUAAUAUGGGAGAAUGGGAUGAUGCUGGAUGCCACAUAAUAUGGCGUAUACCAACUUAUGUCGUUUGUAAGAGACCGCUUUCGUGA